AUGCCUAAGGGUGUGAAACGAGUGCUGAAACUUUUGCAGGGCGUGGCACUUGGCAAAGGUUGGCUGGCGGUUGCUUGUGCUCCAGGCCUCUUGAGGCUCUUCACUACAGCCGGCGUCCAGCUUUCUGUGUGGUGCUUGCCAGGGCGUCACGUGGCGGCAGUGGGCAACGACCAGCAGCUCGCUCUCUUUCACCAAGCCGCGCUGGCAGGUCCUGAUGGGCGCCAAUCCAUCGCUGUGCAGCGGUACGUGGCGCUGUCAAGAGCUGCGGCGCCUGGUGCAUUGUUGGGGCCACCUCUGACACUCUGGAUACGGCCAGGCUCCACCAUGAUCUGGGCAGGGUUCAGCGAUCAGGGGCGUCUCUGCUGGGCAGACUCGCUAGGACGGAUGCAUAUGUUGGUGCUCGGGAAUGUCUGGGAGGUGAUCUGUGAUUUGGCGAUGCCUCAGGAAUCGUUCAUCGUUGGGGUCCUCGAAGCCUCUCAGGAAAUUUGCGUCGUGCCAUGCAGCAGUGAAGUGCCGUAUCCUGAUCCUGGGCGUCCGAUUGCUUUUUCUCUCGUGCCUUUCCGCCUGCCGUUCCUGCUCGAGCCGAGAUCGGAGUAUGAGAGUCAACAUGUGAUCACCUGCCGUCAAAUAGAGGCCCUUCUUCGUGAACCUUGUGAUGGCAAGCAUACCUGCCGCGCAAAGCGAUACUUCGAAUCUGCCUGCCACACAAGAGACACAUUGCUGCUGAAACAGUUCAAGUUUGCUUUGGAACACCGCAUACUGAAGAUGACAGCAGAGCUGGCGAGCCAGAUGUGCACACCAUCACUGGUCGCCAAAGCUUCUGUCAUCGCGAGACAACAUGGGCGGGACGACCUGGCGGAUUGGCUGAACAGACUCCCGACAACACAUGAUGCAGAACGCUUGAGGUGCCGCUGCCCUCCUCAUGUGGUCAUCAGACCACUGACUUUUUCGGAAAUGACAUUUCGUCUAGCUUGCAGAAAGGAAUUGGAAAAACAAGCGGCCGUGGCUUCUACAGAAACAAAACAAGUGGCUGUGGCUCAAACAACAACAAAACAUGCGGCCUUGACUCCAAUAACUGCGAAUCCAUUCACGGUGGUCCCUAAGAAGCGCCGCAUCGAGCAGAGUAUGCAUCCUCGAGCAGCUCCCGGCACCAAACAGGCCAGGACAAAGCAGCUCACCCUCCCCCAGAUGAUGCGCAAGCUGCCUUGAGAUUAUUUACACAGGCUUAGUGUAAUAGUGCGAAGAAAACGCUGAUGUGCAUUAUCCUAAACGACCAAUAAAGUUUACUGUACGUAUGGUAUUUUUUAGUUUCAGCGUUAUUGUGUUAACGUGGGUUACAUGACGCGUGUGAAAGGGCGGCAAUUUCGCAUCGGAUGAUUGUGUUAUAGGUAUGUGGCUGAGCUUGCCUUUAAGUGCUUUUGAGGGCUAAUCGUUAGGAAUAACUUGGAGAAAUUUUCAAGAUCGCUUUCCUUUUUAAAUCUUCUUGGGCGUAGCAAGAUCAUCGGUGUGAAAUUUUUCUUUGUGGUGCGUGGUUUGCAGUUCUUUACUUUAAUUAUUCGUAAAAAAAAUGUACCAAAGUUGCUGCCUGCUGAGAAUAAAACAAGCAUUUCCAGCUUU